AUGGGCCUCUUAAUGUAUCAAACUAUGGAAGAAAUUGCAUUUCCAUCAGUUCAAGAAUUCAAAGCAUUUAAUCCGUCCAAACUCUGUUUAUUCUUAAAAAAUAAAUUUAAAGAUGAAAUAGAAACUUUUCAUUACUUUGAAAUUCUCGAACAAGAGAAAGUUAGUGGUAAAAGCUUUAUGCUAUUAACAAGAGAACACAUACAGGGCCCUCCAUACGAUUUUCCUCUUGGGUCUAUUUUAUUAAUCGAAGAGUUAAUCAGAAAACUCAAAAGUCAGGAAGAAAAAUUUUCCCCUUAUUUUGAAAUUCUUAAACAACAAGUAAUUAAUGGCAAGAACUUCAAGUUAUUAACUAAACGACAACUCGAAGACGCUCCAUUCAAGUUUCCUGUUGGGACAAUUUUGCUGAUCGAGGAUUUAAUCGAAAAACUUAAAAGUUUAGAAGAGUUUAUUAAAUGGCUGCCAAAUUUUCAUGUUCGAUAUAAUGGAAUAACGAAGAAAUCUAACAACUGUAAAAGAUAUCGAAUAGUAAGGCGUGGGGGUAUAGAAACCUCUAUGGAAAAAAUGAAUAUAACAGAAAAUUUAGCUCAUUCCAAAUUAAACGAUAACGGAUUACUUCGAAGAUUAUUCAAAUGCAUAGCCGAGGCUCAUGAAUUCUCGUAUAAGGCGAUUGCCGACGAUAUAAGGUCAACAAACCACUCUAUCAGUGAAACCACAGUAGGAAAGUUUUAUCGUGGUGAAUCUGAACUUACUCUGGGUAAUAAAUUAGCUGUUCAGAAGUGGGUAGGAAAAUUUAUAGACGAAUGGAAAAGGGAUAAUCAAAGUGUAACAAUUUUGGUCAAAUUGGAUACUACAAAAAGCACGAAGUAA